CGGCGGAGGAGCGGGCAGUGGCGGCUGUGGGCUACGGCGGAGUAGGCGAAGCGCAAGCGGAUCGGUGCCGCAGGCUCCUGGCAGUCCUAAGCAAUUCAUCUUAGUGUACCGUUUUCCUGUUUUGAUUGCAUCAUGGAAAAUCAGUUGGCUAAAUCAACUGAAGAGCGAACUUUUCAGUACCAGGAUUCUCUUCCAUCUCUGCCUGUUCCUUCCCUUGAAGAAUCAUUAAAAAAAUACCUUGAAGCAGUAAAGCCGUUUGCAAAUAAAGAAGAAUAUAAAAAAACUAAAGAAAUUGUCCAAAAAUUUCAAGAUGGUAUUGGAAGAAAACUGCACCAGAAAUUACUUGAAAGGGCAAAAGGAAAAAGAAAUUGGCUGGAAGAGUGGUGGCUGAAUUGUGCCUAUCUGGAUGUUCGUUUACCAUCGCAACUGAAUGUCAAUUUUGCUGGUCCUGCACCUUAUAUUGAACACUACUGGCCUCCAAAGGAAGGCACUCAGUUGGAAAGAGGAAGUAUAAAUCUUUGGCAUAACUUGAAUUACUGGCAGCUAUUAAGAAAAGAAAAAGUGCCUGUUGAUAAAUCUGAAAAUAGUCCUCUAGAUAUGAAUCAAUUCCGAAUGCUGUUUUCCACCUGCAGGAUUCCAGGAAUUACUAGAGAUUCAGUUAUUAGUUAUUUUAGGACUGAGAGUGAAGGACAUUCCCCAACUCACAUUGCAGUGCUUUGUCGAGGCCGAGUUUUUGUCUUCGAUAUAAUACAUGAAGGAUGUUUGAUCACCCCACCAGAGAUUUACAGGCAAUUGACAUACAUUCACAGGAAGUGCCAUAGUGAACCUGACGGACCUGGGAUAGCAGCAUUGACUAGUGAGGAACGAACUCAAUGGGCUAAGGCACGAGAGUAUUUGAUUAGUCUUGAUCCAGAGAAUUUGACUAUGUUAGAAAAAAUUCAGAGCAGUUUACUGGUGUAUUCCAUAGAGGAUAGCAGUCCACAUGUAACACCAGAAGAUUAUUCUCAGGUAACCACAAUGACCCUUACAGGAGAUCCAACUGUACGCUGGGGAGACAAAUCUUAUAACUUGAUUUCCUUUUCCAAUGGAGUAUUUGGCUGUAGUUGUGAUCAUGCUCCUUUUGAUGGAAUGGUUAUGGUAAACAUCAGCCAUUAUAUUAAUGAGAAAGUUUUUGAGAAUGAAGGAAGAUGGAAGGGUUCAGAAAAAGUACGGGAUAUAUCACUUCCAGAGGAACUUGUUUUCACUGUGGAUGAUAAAAUACUAAACGAUAUAAAUCAAGCUAAAGCCCAAUUUCUCAAGCAGGCAUCCGAUCUGCAGAUUGUGGUGUAUCCCUUUACAUCUUUUGGCAAAAACCUAACCAAGAAGAAGCUGCUUCACCCUGAUACAUUUAUUCAGCUUGCACUUCAACUGGCCUAUUAUAGACUUUAUGGACGCCCUGGCAGCUGCUAUGAGACAGCUACGACAAGGUGCUUUUAUCAUGGCCGUACAGAGACUAUGCGCUCGUGUACUAUAGAAGCGCUCCGGUGGUGUCAGUCCAUGCAGGAUCCUUCUACUGGUCUUCUUGAGAGGCAGCAGAAGAUGUUACAAGCUUUUGCAAAACAUAAUAAAAUGAUGAAAGAUUUUUCAGCUGGAAAAGGAUUUGACCGUCAUCUUUUAGGGCUUUUACUCAUAGCAAAAGAAGAAGGUCUUCCCGUUCCAGAACUCUUUACAGACCCUCUUUUCUCCAAAAGUGGAGGAGGUGGAAACUUUGUUCUCUCAACAAGUCUGAUUGGUUAUUUUAAAAUCCAGGGAGUGGCAGUUCCCAUGGUCCACAAUGGCUAUGGAUUUUUCUAUCAUAUCAGAGAUGACAGGUUUGUUGUGGCUUGUUCAGCCUGGAAAUCAUGUCCAGAGACUGAUGCAGAAAAGCUAGUUCUGCUGGUGUUUCAGGCUUUCCAUGAUAUGAUGCGGCUGAUGAACACUGCUCAUCUUUAGAGACUAAACAUUUAUUUAGCAUUUAUAAAAAUAUUAAGUGGGGUAUGGAGAAUGGGUUGGUGGUGUGAUAGAAAGGAAUAUUAAAGGAAACUUGUUAAAUGUAGAAAUUAGUAGAAUCAUGCUCUCUAAAUUUAUUCUAACAUAGGAAGAAAAAUAUUUUUAAGCUUCUUCUGAUGCAGUAGCAAUGCAAAUUGAUAUAAUGAAAUAUAGAACUAUGCAAAAGUUGAAGAUAAGUCUCAACAAUGCAAAUCUACAAAUUUUAAUAAUGCAAGUCUUAGAAGGAUUUUUGUUGGUUACCUAUAUAGGUUAUAAAUCCUGUCUCUGAACAUCAUUAUAGGGUCUGCCAAGCACUUUAACAUUGCCUACUUGCCAAAGGGUAUGGAAUACAUGAUUAGAUGUUCACUUCCCUGAAAUCAUUGCCUUCCACAUUCACCACAGGGAUACAAGCCUACUAUGUUUGAUGGGAAAGACACUACAAUUGAAUGAUCAUCUAAAAGUAGACUUAGUGUUGGAAGAAUUAGAAGAAAUUAGAAGAAUUAGAGCAAGGUUUAUACUCUGAAGCACACACAGAAAAACCCUAACAAAAUUCAUUAUAAUAUAUUGUACUUAGGUUUUUGAAUAUAAAAUUAAAGCACUUAUUUUUAAAAUUAGAGUUAGUGACUUGAAGAUUACUGAAUCAAAUUCUCAGGAUGUUACAAGUUUUCCCCCUGCUUUUCAAAAUAGAAAAUAAAGUUUUCAAUCAUGUA